CUCUCAGAUUUUCCGUUUUCUCGUGUACAGGGACCUUCCAGGCUUCCAAAUAACCUGAAAGCACCAAAAACCCCAACUUCCUCGAGUUAAUCAAUUAAGAAAGUACCAAUUCAAAUUCUGCGUCAGAUCUUUCUUCUCCGGGAUUAUAUUUUUGGAAAUGGCGGCCAUAGCGUCGGCAGCCUCCGCUGUGUCGCUCUCAUUCGCACCAAAGCCCGCUUCUUCAGCGGUCGCUUUUUCUUCCUCUAGCUCAUUAUCCUUCAGCAGCAACCCGGGCGGGCUCAAACGGAGUUUGGGUCUGAGAACUGGUAAUGUUAGGAGCAAUGGCAGAAAGCGUCUUUAUUGCAAGUGCUUGUUCGGGCUUGGGGUGCCGGAGAUGGUGGUCAUUGCCGGUGUCGCCGCCCUUAUCUUCGGGCCUAAGCAGUUGCCCGAAAUCGGCCGCAGUAUUGGCAAGACCGUCAAGAGCUUCCAACAGGCAGCAAAGGAGUUUGAAACAGAGCUGAAAAAAGAACCCGAUGAGCUCCCUGUCCAGAAUGUCAAAGAAGGUGGUCAAGAAGAGAAACCAGAUGCUGUGGUGUCAAGUACAAAGGAGAGUUGAUAAACUUCAAUGCUACUGGCCUGGUUCUGUUAGCUAGCUAGAUCACUUCUUCUGUGUCAUACUCAUUCCUUCUUCGUGUGCUAUAACAAUUGGUCCCAUUCAGACAUUGUCUUGUUAAGUUGGGUUAUAGUGUUUGGUUUGGAAGAUCAAAUCAUGUUUUUUUCUUGGG